UCCGCGCGGCGCCGCUCGGUCGGUGGCUCUUUGGAUCCGGCCGUUCGCUUUCCUCCAUGAUCGCCUCCCCAGGGCUGCUGAUUGAUCUGGAUCAGGAAUAUUCUGUGCGCGGCUCAGCCGCGACCGCUGCUGGCGGGACGCUGCAAGUGCCUGGCCGCGCGCGGUGCGGGAGCCCCGCUUCCCUCUGCUCUCCAGGGCUCGCGCCCCGAGUGACCCCCCUUUCUGCAGGGCUGCGCCCCGGAGCCGCUUUGAAACAGCCCCCUCCGCCCCGCCCCGAAACGGCCCCCUCUCCGCCAGGGUUUGCCCUCAGGGGAGAGUCACUCAAAGUGCUGGAGUCUGGAGAUUAGCCUGGGCUGGAUAAGUCUCCCCCUACCAGCAUGAGACUCAGUUAGGAGCUUUGGAGAGCUUAAUUUUUGUGAACGAGGGCCUCCUUUUUAUUUCAUUUUAUUUUUUCUGUCAGUGCUUGUUUUUAUUCCCCAUCUUUUCCACCCCCUGCAAAGUUACUGGGGUGGAGUGAACUUUUUUAUUUUCAAAGGUAACCGUCAUUUAAAAAAAAAUUCUGCGGUGAACUUUGCUGCGUGUAUGGGGGUGCGUGUGUACUUUGGAAAAUUCGGAAGAAAGCAGCUGCAAUUCACUGUGGGAUAUUUUCAGACGAUCCCGUAUAUCUGCACAAGACGGAUAUUAAAACAAAAAAUGGAGAAGUUGUCUGUAACCGUUCUGGUUUUAACAGCUCGCUCACACAUAUAGUGUCUACAGGUCUGACAUCAAAAUAUCAACAGGAAGAAAUGUGACUUAAAAAAAAAAGGCAGAGAGAGAAGUUUUGAUGUUUUAGAAGGCAGUGGAAAUAUACUUCAGUGGUUUUGCAGCACUGUCUGUCAUUCUGUUCCUGGAGUAUUGAUGAGCUAAAGGGAUUAAUUACAUGUACCCCAAAGAAACUACAAUGACCGGCAAUUAUAGCAGAUCUCAUUUUGCUGUAAGGAAUUGUCACCAGCUGACAGAGAAGAAAUGAACUGCAGCCUUGAUCCUGCAAACACCUACACAUGAGAAUAGCUUGAAGCAUGUGAGUAGCUGACUUAAAUGGGUACUCAGCUGGAAGUGUUCACUCUCCCUCCACAAGUAUGGCAACCUCUGCACAAUACAGACAGCUUAUAAAUGAUUAUGGACCCCCGUCUCUAGGCUAUACACAAGGAAUGCAGGGUACCAGCAGCAGUCAAGUACCACAAAGCAAAUAUGCAGAACUUCUAGCUAUCAUAGAAGAAUUAGGAAAAGAAAUUAGACCUACAUAUGCUGGAAGUAAAAGUGCCAUGGAGAGGCUAAAACGAGGCAUCAUUCACGCUAGAGGAUUAGUUCGGGAAUGCUUGGCUGAGACUGAACGGAAUGCAAGAUCCUAGCCUACUAAUUAAGUUACAAGACUUUCCAGCUCUUUAUGAAGAAAAAUGUAAUACUUAUUCCUUUUGAAACAUGCAGAUGAAUCUUUUUAUUUUGAGCGUUUUACCCUUUUUUUUGCCCUUAUGAAAACGUACAGUUAAGAACGAGAAGAUUUUUCAAUUUACUGAGGGUUUGCAUUUUUUUAGAUGCUAAACUCCCCAAAUUCUUUCUAAAAGGUUAAGACUAAAACUGCAUGCAGAGGAAUGCUUUCUCUCCCACAGCCUAUACUUAAGUUCCUUUCUUAUCCAGCCACCGUCUCAUUCUUUUUAUUUCUUUGACUAUAUUCACUUAACCCCACAUGGUCAAUCUUUCAACCUUUGACAUAAACUCUAAGGAUUUUUUUUUUUUAAUAACUGCACUGGUAGCAUGUUUUACCUAGUAGUUGGCUAUACUCACACAGUUUGACAUACAGCAUAGACCCUGCUUAGAAAUAAUCCUUUUUUUUUUUUUUUUUGCAUAAGCAUUUGCAUGAUUGUUAGUGCUUUGGAGUCCAUUUAAAGUGCAUGAGUUAUAAAUACAGAAGAUAGAGCAACCUAACAAACAAUAACAAGGUCCCAGAAAACUAAUUUUCACCCUAAGGCUGAAGAUUUCAUUGUAAGUUUGCCAAAAAACAAAAUUCUGGAUAAGUUACUAAAACUGUUAUUUGCAUCUUUGUAUGUAUUUAUUACUUGAUGUAAUAAAGCUUAUUUUCAUUAA